GGCGAAAAGGAGACAGGAGACCCGCAGGAGCCCAGGAGUUACCUCUCCUUCUCUGUUUCUGUUUUUUUAAGCGAACCUGACUGCAUCUGCGACCCCGAUCACGAACCACCUUUUAUUCAAAGCGUCUGCGUCUGGCAGGUAUUUUUCUUUACCGAGGCUUUUCUUUUUAGAAAUUCUCCAAACACGGAGCUAAACGAGGAAGACUUGAAACGACCCUCACUCAGUUCUGCAAUCAUGAUGUCGAUGAACAGUAAGCAGCCUUUCAGUAUGCACCCCAUACUCCACGAACCCAAAUACGCUCCUCUGCACUCCAGCUCGGAGGCCAUCCGAAGGGCCUGCCUGCCCACACCAUCGCUUCAGGGCAACAUCUUCGCCGGUUUUGAUGAGAGCUUGCUGCAGAGAGCCGAGGCUCUGGCCGCGGUGGACAUCGUGGCCCAGAAGAGCCAUCCGUUCAAACCAGACGCCACCUACCACACCAUGACCACCAUGACCAGCAUGGCCUGCACCCCGACCUCCUCCUCCGCGCACCUGCACCACCCGUCGGUGCUCACCUCCCACCACCACCCGGUGCACCACCAGUCGGCGCAGGGCCUGGACGGCGACCUGCUGGACCACCUAACACCGGGCAUCUCCCUGGGAGGCAUGGCCGGCUCGGACGUCUGCUCCACGGCCUCGCACACCGCCCACGCCGCCCACAUGUCGGCCAUCAACCACAUGCAGCACCACCACCACCACCAGCAGUCCAUGAACAUGCACCCGCACGCGCAGCUGUCCCACGGCUCCCUGGGGUCCGCCGGCUUAGACUCGGAGCCCGAUCCCCGGGAGCUGGAGUCGUUCGCUGAGAGGUUCAAACAAAGGCGAAUCAAACUCGGGGUGACACAAGCGGACGUGGGCUCGGCCCUGGCCAACCUUAAGAUCCCCGGGGUCGGGUGUCUGAGCCAGAGCACCAUCUGCAGGUUCGAGUCCCUGACGCUGUCGCACAACAACAUGGUGGCCCUUAAGCCGAUCCUGGAGGCCUGGUUGGAGGAGGCGGAGAGGGCGCAGAGGGAGAAGAUGUCCAAGCCGGAGAUCUUCAACGGGGGCGACAAAAAGAGGAAACGAACGUCAAUCGCGGCCCCGGAGAAGCGCUCCCUGGAGGCUUAUUUCGCCGUGCAGCCGAGGCCCUCGUCGGAGAAGAUCGCCGCAAUCGCCGAGAAACUUGACCUGAAAAAGAACGUGGUCCGGGUUUGGUUUUGCAAUCAGAGGCAAAAGCAGAAACGAAUGAAGUUUUCUGCGACGCACUAAGACCAUGCUGGGGCAACCUGCGGGACUCUUCCCUGUUUACACAAAAGACAAAUCAGAGACAAGCUGCUGCACACUGUCAGAAAAACAAGGUACACCGUUGUGCCUGUUGUUACUGGGGCUGGACCUGUUCGACAUACAGCCAGGGCUUAAAAGAAAUGAUAUCCAUUUUAACAAGUCAUUUAAUCUCUUAUCAAGUCUUUUUUUUUUUUCUUAAAAGGGUUUUUGCUUUCAGGAAUCCCUGAAAUGCACCUGCAACACCUGAAAAAAAACGUAAGAUGCUGUUUUACCUCAUUGGCUGAAUUCGUUACUUACUGAAGAAGAAAAUCACAUUUUCUGACUAAGUAAUGGACUAAAUGUCUCGUUAAGUUUCACUACAGUGUUGUCCACCUUGCAAAGGAGCAGCAUCCACAGCCCUGUAUUUUUUUUUUUUUUUUGCACCAGUGCCUGAAUCCCAGUUGUGGAAACAAUUUCACAGAAAGUAUUCAGUAGGAGCGUGUGCAAAGAAACACCUGCACGUCUCUGGAGUGUUAGCUGUAUUUUAGAGGCGCUGAGAGGUUUCCAUGUGUGGACACCUGCCGAUUAAUCACCACUCAGUAUAACCAGGGACUGUUUUUUUUUAAUUUUUUUUAAUUUUUUUUGGAAGGUUCAGCCUCACGCAGUUACAAAAAACGACUGGAUUCAACGGUGUACCUUUUUUAUUAUUAUUCUGACAGUGGAGACGGAGCACUGGGACUGGGAGAAAGACUGAGUUCCUGUCCAAAAACUUGAGACUCUUAAAUCUUUACGCUUCUCCACAGAAUAGGCCGAUGCUCUCUGACAGACAGGAGAGAGAGAUCGCCAUUGUGUCAGAAAAAGAGGGGGAACGAUGCUCCGUCCAAUUCAUUCAUAUGGCAAUUAUUGUACAAAACAAAUAAGCAUAAUAAUGACGGGAAUCGAGGAAUAACCGAUAUUAUCUUCCUUAGUCGGAAUAGCUUUUUUAUAUUUAUCAUUGUACAUAUCUGUGAAUAAUUAUGUUGCACCUCCGUGUGUGGAAAAGCUCAUUGAAAUGUAUUGGAUUUUCGCUGUCUUUUCUCCCAGGUGUUUGUUUCUGUAGGGAAUUCAAUAGUUUUUGGGGACAGAUCGGACAAAAUGACUACAAAUGUCGGUCUGUGGCUUAUUUAUGAGGCACAAUAACUGUAAUCCAUUGCAUGGUUUACUCGUAAGGGGGAGAUGGUUGUUUUCUGUGCGUAAUGGCUCCAAAAAUAUGAAAAUAACCCCCCAAGUGAAUGCAUUGCAAUAAGAAGAGACACACACACACACACACACACACACACACACAAACACACGCACGGAUACACACAUUCACACGGUAUAGCUGUGUGGCUACCUCAUUACGCAAGUGUUGGCACGUUCAUGGUGAUUUUAAAAACACAAAAAAAGACGAGUAGGAUCAUUUUAUGUUUGUUUUUUAAUGUGUAUUUUUUUCUUCUUUUUUGUUUCUCUUCCACCGGUUUAAUGGUGAAUUAGGCCUAGAAGACUCACUGAUGUGUAAACCUGUUGUAUGUUCAAGUUCACUGCAAGGAUGCUUUGACAAUCAAAUUAUUAUUAUUAUUAUUAUUAUUAUUAUUAUUAUUAGGUUGUUUAUCUCCCCUCUUCGUGUCCUCAUGAAACUGAAUCAUUUUGCAUAUUAUUAUUAUUAUUAUUAUUAUUAUUAUUAUUAUUAUUAUUAUUAUUAUUAUCACUGACACCUUAAUGGAGCGCACUUUGUAGAUAUUCCGAUGAAGGGAAAUAGUCGGCCUUAUUUAUACAUAUUUUUUCAACACUUCUGAGAAAACGCUAUGCUUUGUUUUGUUUUCCUUAUCAUGCCCUUAUUUAUUUGAACUUAAUUUAUUUUGGAGAAGAAAAACAACAUAUUUCAUUUGUGAAAGUGUGCUUUAAAUGUGUCUGUGUAAGCGACAGAAGCUGAAAUAAACCGUGCACGUUUUACUUCA